CGACAAAACCAUUCACAAAAAGUAAAUACUUCCUACUGUAUUGUUUACAACUCGUAGAAUUCGUUUAUUAACGUGGUGUGUAGUAAAUUUCUUUAAAGGUAAAGCAGUCGCAGAGCAGUAACUAUCUAAGAUAGGUAAUGUUACAUUCUGUUGGGCAUUCUGUUAAUGGAAUCUGGGCGAAUUAUUUACCGUAUGUGUGGAAUCCGGGAUAUCAUCGGUUUUCCUCUCUGUUUUGCAAUAUCGUCUAGUAAUCAGAUGUUUCGUGUAAUAUAAAAAAAUAUUGUGUUGCAAUAACAAUUCAAGAGAAGGAAAGAUGAUAAGAAAAUUAAAGGGUUUGCUUACCAAUAGUAACAAUUCAUUUGCCAGCUGUAUUAUAACUUGGAAAACUUACAGUAACGAAGUGAAACCGAAAAAGGAAGAGUCAGAGGGUGAAAAUUCGGAAUCUGAUUCCUAUCAACAACAACAACAACAACGUAAGAAACAAGACAGUGAAGAACAACGAAAAACAACAUCAACAACAAGUUUUGUACCAGCCGUAAGAAAUCCUUUUGUCGAAGCCUCUGAGAAAACCAAAAGUGUGUAUAUGAAUAUGGUGGAAAUAUUUACGGAGCGUGAUAUACGGCGUAGAAAUCAUGUGGAAUUUAUUUAUGCGGCCAUGAAGCAUAUGGCAGAAUUUGGAGUUGAACGCGAUCUCGACGUGUACAAGGCCUUGAUUAAUGUCCUGCCAAAGGGUAAAUUUAUACCACGUAAUAUUUUUCAAUCGGAAUUUAUGCACUAUCCUAAACAACAACAGUGUAUAAUAGAUUUAUUAGAACAAAUGGAGGACUUGGGCGUCAUGCCCGACUAUGAAAUGGAAGCUAUGUUGUUGAAUGUAUUCGGUCGUUCCGGUCAUCCGUUACGUAAAUACUGGCGUAUGAUGUACUGGAUGCCGAAAUUUAAAAAUCUCUCACCGUGGCCUUUGCCAAAUCCUGUUCCCGACAGUGCAUUAACUAUGGCUAAAUUGGCUAUAGAACGCAUGUGCACCGUUGAUGUACGAUCACGUGUUACCGUAUUUGAAACUAAAAAUGUGUUGGACGCAAUAGAUGACACAUGGAUUGUAAGUGGUAUGAGUCCCGAUCAGACUCAAUUAUUGCACAAACAUCCCCACAAUAAAGCGAUAUAUAUAGAAGGGCCAUUUUUGAUAUGGUUACGAAGUAAAACUAUUAAUUAUUUCACGCUGAGAGCGGAUCCCGAUAUGGAGUUUUUGAAAAGUUUAAAUAGUAAUACAGAAGAUGAAGAUGAUGUCACUAAGCUUAAUGUACCAUUCUUUGGACAGCCGCCUAUUUCACGUAAAAAUCAAGUGGGUAAAGUGAGAUCGGUCCAUCAACAAGAUGACGGCACAAUAUUUGCAAUUUGCGCGACGGGAACAUCAACCAAAGACUCUCUAUUAUCUUGGAUACGUUUACUAGAAGCGAAUGGCAAUCCCGUGCUAGGACAAAUCCCUGUAUUAUUUCGUUUUCGUUCCAAAAUUAGUGAUAAAGUUAAAGAAAUCGAAUCAAGCCGUGAAAUUAAAGCACCUUCUGCCACAAGUAAUGAUCAUGUGUCUGCAGACGAUCUCAAAAGCUAACAUAUACGAUAACGUACACGCACGAUCAUUUAAGUAAAACUAAAACACGAAAUUACUAUUGCAGAAAUAUAUGAUUUCAUUUAAUCAAUCAAUUACGUAUUAGAGUAAAAUCCUUAAAAUGAAGAGCUACUUGCA